AUGAACAUGAAGAGACACUUUGAUCUUACCUCUCUCCGCCGGGACGCCCAGCACGUCUGCUUGAUCUUCCACACCACCGCCGCCACCAGGAGAAGGGACAAGAAGCAGCUACGAGGAAGCACAAAGAACCAUGUGUCAUUCAUGUACCACCAGUACAAUCAGUACUAUCAGUACCACCAGUACCACCAGUACCAUCAGUACUAUCAGUACCACCAGUACCACCAGUACCAUCAGUACCACCAGUACCAUCAGUACCACCAGUACCAUCAGUACCACCAGUACCAUCAGUACCAUCAGUACCAUCAGUACUAUCAGUACCAUCAGUACCAUCAGUACCAUCAGUACCAUCAGUACCAUCAGUACCACCAGUACCAUCAGUACCACCAGUACCACCAGUACCAUCAGUACCAUCAGUACCAUCAGUACCAUCAGUACCACCAGUACCAUCAGUACCAUCAGUACCAUCAGUACUAUCAGUACCAUCAGUACCAUCAGUACCAUCAGUACCAUCAGUACCACCAGUACCAUCAGUACCAUCAGUACCAUCAGUACUAUCAGUACCACCAGUACCAUCAGUACCAUCAGUACCAUCAGUACCAUCAGUACCACCAGUACCAUCAGUACCACCAGUACCAUCAGUACCACCAGUACCAUCAGUACCAUCAGUACCAUCAGUACCAUCAGUACCAUCAGUACCAUCAGUACCAUCAGUACUAUCAGUACCAUCAGUACCACCAGUACCACCAGUACUAUCAGUACCAUCAGUACCAUCAGUACCAUCAGUACCAUCAGUACCAUCAGUACCAUCAGUACUAUCAGUACCACCAGUACCAUCAGUACCAUCAGUACCACCAGUACCAUCAGUACCACCAGUACCACCAGUACCAUCAGUACCACCAGUACCACCAGUACCACCAGUACCACCAGUACCAUCAGUACUAUCAGUACCAUCAGUACCAUCAGUACCAUCAGUACUAUCAGUACCAUCAGUACCACCAGUACCACCAGUACUAUCAGUACCAUCAGUACCAUCAGUACCAUCAGUACCAUCAGUACCACCAGUACCACCAGUACCACCAGUACCAUCAGUACCAUCAGUACCACCAGUACCACCAGUACCACCAGUACCACCAGUACCAUCAGUACUAUCAGUACUAUCAGUAG